GCGCAAAGUACAAGGACCGGCAUAAGGAUCCCGGUUCGAAGCCCGGCUCCCCACUUGCAGGGGAGUCGCUUCACAGGCGGUGAAGCAGGUCUGCAGGUGUCUAUCUUUCUCUCCUCCUCUCUGUCUUCUCCUCCUCUCUCCGUUUCUCUCUGUCCUAUCCAACAACGAAGACAACAACAAUAAUAACUACAACAAUAAAACAACAAGGGCAACAAAAGGGAAUAAAUAAAUAAAAUAAAAUAUUAAAAAAAAAGAAAAGAAACUGUCAGUUCCUUGCCCAUUGAAAACUUAUAUCCAUUGGAGAUAUACCUUCUGAGAUUUAUUAUACAUAUAGGCAAGUCAUAGGCAGCAUGGACUGGAGAGAGCUCAGUGAUGAUUUUCCUGUUUCUCACAGGUGGCCCAGAGAACAGAGAUCACAUGCAAUGAGUAAUUUCAGCGUUGUCAGGGAGUUUGUGCUCCUGGGCUUCUCUCAUCUUCAAGAAUUCCAGAUUCUCCUGUUUGCUUUCAUCCUCCUGAUCUAUGUGCUGACUGUGCUGGGGAACUUAACCAUCAUCCUCCUCACAUACCUGGAUUCUCGCCUCCACUCUCCCAUGUACUUCUUCCUCUGCAACUUCUCCCUUAUGGAGUUGCUGGUCACCUCCACUGUGGUGCCCAGGAUGCUGGCAGACCUGCUGUCCACACACAAAACUAUGUCUCUGGCUGAAUGCCUAACCCAGUCUUUCUUCUACUUCUCCUUGGGCUCCACAGACUUCUUGAUUCUCACUGUCAUGGCCUUUGACCGUUAUGUGGCCAUCUGCCGCCCCCUGCAUUACCCAACUGUCAUGAAUGGGCCUGUCUGCAUAAGACUGGUGGUGCUCUGCUGGAUGCUUGGCUUCCUUUCCAUUGUCUCCCCAACUCUGCAGAAAACUCGCCUCUGGUUCUGUGGUCCCAAUGUUAUUGACCACUACUUCUGCGAUUCUGCCCCACUCCUCAAGCUGUCCUGCUCUGACACACGUCACAUAGAACGCAUGGAUUUCUUCCUGUCCCUCAUCUUUGUGCUGACCACCAUGUUGCUUAUUGUGGUCUCCUACAUCCUCAUCGUGGCUGCUGUGCUGAGUAUCCCCUCCGCCUCUGGGCGCCAGAAGGCCUUCUCCACCUGUGCCUCCCACCUCACCGUGGUGGUCCUGGGCUACGGCAGCGCCAUCUUCAUCUAUGUCAGGCCAGGCAAGGGCCACUCCACACACCUCAACAAGGUGGUGGCCCUGAUGACGGCUGUGGUGACCCCUUUCCUCAACCCCUUCAUCUUCACCUUCCGAAAUGAGAAGGUCAAGGAGGUCAUUGGAGACAUGGUCAAGAAGAUUCUUCUCAGAGGCUCAGUGACCCACAGAUGAGGUGACU